CCGCAGUCGCAUCUCCGGAUCCCCUCCCCCGCCGCGCCGCCAUUCCCGCCGCCUCGAUCUCCCCCCUCCCGAUUCAACGAGGAAUGCCGCUAGGACGCGAGCUGCCACGCGGCUGAUCUCCUCUCACGCCGCUGGGCUAGUGAGCACAGAUGUUCGGCGACCGAUAGCCACGUCCUCCAAAAAGAAAGAAGAAAAAAAAGAAAACCGAACACUCUUCCCUCGUCGCUCAUUCCCGAAUCCUGUAAAAUCUGUACCCUAGCCUAGAGCUGCCGCCGUGUCGUAGCUCCGCCCGCGUCUCAGUCCAAUCCCCUCCGCCGCCCCCUUUCUCCGCCGCUCACGCGCGUCGCCGGCGCCGUUCCCGUUCCAUCUCACCAGGACGUCGCUUUCCCGCUGGCUCGAUCCCACCGCCCGCACUGCAGGCCACUGGUUUUUUUGAGGUGAUCAAGUUUCUGAUUACCUUUGGCCCUUCGGAAAUCAAUUGAUUGCCCACUACUGAGAAUUUCGAGCACAUUCGACGACAAAUCCUCAUUCCUAUGAAAUGUCACUGCUUAGUAGAUUUUUCUACAAGCGGCCUCCCGAUGGAUUACUCGAGUUCAUUGACAGGAUCUACGUUUUUGAUUCAUGCUUCUGCACUGAAGUUUUGCCGCAUGGAAUGUACCCUGUCUAUUUGAAUGGGAUCAUUACAGAGUUGCAUGAAGAACACACAGAGUCUUCUUUUCUGGCGAUUAACUUCAGAGAUGGGGAUAAGAGAAGCCAGCUUGCUGAUAUCCUACAUGAAUACGAAAUUCCAGUAAUUGACUACCCGCGUCAUUUUGAAGGCUGCCCAGUGCUCCCUCUAUCUCUUAUCCACCAUUUCCUUCGUGUCUGUGAACACUGGCUAUCUACUGGGAACAGCCAAAAUAUUAUACUGCUCCACUGUGAGAGAGGGGGCUGGCCAUCAUUGGCAUUUCUGUUAUCUUGUUUCCUUAUUUUCAAGAAGUUGCACAGCGCAGAACAUAAAACUCUAGACAUUGUUUAUCGUGAGGCGCCUAAAGGUUUCCUGCAGCUUUUUUCUGCACUCAACCCAAUGCCCUCUCAGCUCCGAUAUAUGCAAUAUGUAGCCAGAAGAAACAUUUCUCCAGAGUGGCCUCCAUUGGAGCGGGCACUCUCUUUGGAUUGUCUGAUUCUCCGAGCCAUUCCAAAUUUCGAUUCUGAUAAUGGAUGCAGGCCAUUGGUCCGCAUUUUUGGUCGAAAUCUUCUUGGCAAGAAUGCUAGCAUGACCGACAUGAUUUUUUCAAUGCCUAAGAAGAAGUCCUUGCGCCACUAUCGGCAGGAGGACUGUGACGUGAUAAAAAUUGAUAUCCAAUGUCCGGUCCAGGGAGAUGUUGUUCUGGAGUGUGUGCAUCUUGAUCUUGAUCCAGAAAAGGAAGUUAUGAUGUUCCGGAUAAUGUUCAAUACUGCUUUUAUUCGUUCAAAUGUACUGAUGCUGAAUAGUGAUGAUGUUGAUAUACUAUGGGGUUCAAAAGAUCGGUACCCGAGGAGUUUUAGAGCAGAGGUGCUGUUUUGUGAAAUUGGAGGCAUCUCUCCUCCAAGGGCUCCAACAGCAACAUUGAAUGGUGAUAUGAAAGGUGGUUUACCAAUUGAAGCCUUUUCAGCUGUUCAAGAACUCUUCAAUGGCGUUGAAUGGAUGGAAAGCAGUGACAAUGCUGCCUUUUGGUUGCUCAAAGAAUUCUCAGCAAACUCGCUCCAAGAUAAAUUUCAAAAACUAAUACUGAGCGACAUGAAAGAGCUCUCAAAGUUCCAAGCUAAAGUUGGUCUGCAGAUGCCACUGAUGUCCCCACUAGAUUCUGAUGAAGAAAAAUAUUCCGUGGCUUCUGAUUCUGUUUCUUCAACUGAUUAUGAGAAGGAUCGUGCUCUUACCACUGAAGAUUCUGAAUCUAUCGCUACUUCCUCAGUGAACGCUUCAUCUCCAUCUCCUCCACGUGGCCGAUCUUCUAGCCUUUCAACUGAACAAAGCCUGCUGCCAGCAGAAUUACAGCAGGAGUUACCAAGUACCAGGCAGCUGCCGCAAUCAUCAGCAGAAAAUGGAGAUAAACGUGUAAUAUCGGCACUGGUGCCACCACCAGCCACCGCAAAUGGAAGCGAACCUGUUUUCUUGGCACCGCCGCCACCACCACCACCACCACCACCGCCACCACCGCCACCACCAAGUGGCAGCAAACCUGUUUUCUCGCCACCGCCGCCGCCACCACCGCCACCACCAAGUGGCAGCAAACCUGCUUUCUCACCGCCGCCGCCACCACCACCACCACUACCUCAGAGUAGCAACUUAUCUUCUCCACAGCUUCCACCUGCUCCACCUCCGCCACCCCUACCAAAUUCUCGGACAGGAACACUUAUAUCUGCACCGGCACCGCAGCCACAGCAAAAUGUUCUUUUUCAUCCAGUACCACCACCUCCAUCCCAAGCUAACGGAAUAGCUAAGAAAUGCCCUCCGCCUCCUCCACCCCCACCGCCCCCUCCCUCUUCUAACAGAGCACCUACAACUGCUGCUGGCACUCUGUCCAAAGGACCACCUCCUCCACCCCCACCUCCACCUCCACCUGGUGCUCAUUGCCCACCGCCACCUCCACCUCCACCUGGUGCUCAUUGCCCACCGCCACCUCCACCUCCACCUCCACCUGGUGCUCAUUGCCCACCGCCACCUCCACCUCCACCUGGUGCUCAUUGCCCACCGCCACCUCCACCUCCACCGUUGCCAGCAGGCGCUAUUCAAAGAACUCCAGCGCCACCACCUCCUCCCCUGAUGACAGGGAAGAAAGCUCCUGCACCGCCACCCCCACCACCUCAAGCACCAAAACCUCCUGAAACUGUACCCCCUCCAAGCUCAAAGAUCUCAAACGCACCUGCACCACCCCCAUUAUUGGGAAGGGGAAGAGCAGCAACUGGAUCAGGAAAAGGUCGUGGCAUUGGAUUGGCGCAUCAAAGUAACCCCCCAAAGAAAGCUUCCUUAAAGCCUUUGCACUGGGUGAAAGUUACACGCGCAAUGCAAGGAAGUCUCUGGGCGGAUGCACAAAAUCAUGGAAAUCAGGCUAGGGCUCCUGACAUUGAUUUAUCUGAGUUGGAGACCUUGUUCUCCACUGCUGUUGCAACCAAUGCAAGUGAGAAAGGAGGAACAAAGCGUGCCUCAGCUGUUAGCAAGCCAGAAAUUGUUCACCUGGUUGAUAUGAGAAGAGCAAAUAAUUGUGAGAUCAUGCUUACGAAAAUCAAAAUGCCCCUUCCUGAUAUGAUUAGGGCGAUCUUGGCUUUAGAUACUUCUGUUCUUGAUAAUGACCAAGUGGAGAAUCUCAUUAAGUUUUGCCCUACAAAUGAAGAAAUCGAGAUGUUGAAGAACUAUAACGGCAACAAAGAAAUGCUUGGAAAAUGUGAACAGUUUUUCCUGGAGCUAAUGAAAGUUCCUCGCGUGGAGUCCAAACUAAGAGUUUUUGCUUUCAGAAUUGCAUUCACGACACAGACGGAUGAGCUAAGAACUAAUUUAACCACCAUAAAUGAUGCAACAAAAGAGGUGAAAGAGUCUCUGAAGUUACGGCAGAUAAUGCAGACCAUUCUCACAUUAGGGAAUGCAUUGAAUCAAGGAACAGCUCGAGGUUCUGCUGUUGGCUUCAGAUUAGACAGUCUUCUUAAACUAUCGGAUACUCGAGCUAGGAACAAUAAGAUGACACUAAUGCAUUAUUUAUGCAAGCUUCUCGCUGAAAAGUUGCCUGAGCUUCUUGAUUUUGACAAAGACUUGAUUCAUCUGGAAGCAGCUUCUAAGAUCCAGUUGAAGUUUAUUGCUGAAGAAAUGCAAGCAAUAAACAAAGGUCUUGAGAAGGUCGAGCAAGAAUUAGCUGCUUCAGUGAAUGAUGGUGCAAUAUCUAUUGGCUUCCGUAAGGCAUUGAAAAGCUUUCUUGACUCAGCAGAAGCUGUGGUUAGGUCCCUCAUUUCCUUGUAUGCAGAAGUGGGAAGAAAUGCUGAUUCCCUAGCUCAGUAUUUUGGUGAAGAUCCAGCCCGCUGCCCUUUUGAGCAAGUUACAUCGAUUUUGGUUAUAUUUGUGAAUAUGUUCAAGAAAUCACGUGAUGAAAAUGCUCGAAAUGCGGAAGCUGAAAAAAAGAAAUUGGAAAAGGCGGCCAUAAAAUGAUUGGAGUGAGGAUAUAUCUACGCCAAUAUUCCAUCACCGUGCGGUCGGACCAUGUUUGGUCCCACUGAACAGCUGCAGCAGAAUCGACGUGCAGGCUGCUUUUUGAUGCUCAAUACAGUAUAUAUGCAGAGGUGUAAUGUCAGAAGGCUCGCUGGGUGAGCAUCAUCCACUAAAAUGGUUGCUCUCAGAUUACAAGCUAUGGAACUUUUUGUGAUAAGUCACCAGCGGGGAUGAGAGGUCUUCAUGCCGCUGUAGUGUUGUUGUACAUAUAGCAGUUGCCGAUAUAUAGCUGUCUUGUAUGUACAUAAAGUUAGCGCAAGUGGAAACAAAAGCAAAAUGCAUCGUUGUAAAAUUCUCUUGUAUUAUCAACAGCCCCAUUUUCUCAUACAAUGUACUGUGCAUUUAGGCAA